AUGUCAUCAACUCAACAACAACAACAUCAAUUAUUUAGUGCAGUUGAACAAAAUGAUGUUACAAAAGUUAAGAAAUUAUCAAGUAAAAAAAAGAUUAGUAAAAGUAAUUUAACAUCAUUUGAUCAAUAUGGACAAUCAGCAUUAACUAUAGCAUUAAAGAAUAAUAAUGAAGAGAUGGUGGAACUCUUGUUGAGUUUAUGUGUAACAUUAAAGGCAGAUAUAAAUACCUUUGACAAGAAUGGAUUUUCAGCAUUACAUCAAGCAGUGAGUAGUGAUGAUAGGAUAUUGAUGAGGGUAUUACAAUAUGAAAACAUUAAUGUAGAUGUACAAAACGAUGAUUUAAACACACCAAUUCACUACUUUUGCCAGAAAUUUAGAUCACCAAAUUGUCAAGAACCAUUUCAACUAUUCAUUCAAAAGGGUGUCAAUGUGAAUGCUCAAAAUAAGAAUGGUGAAACACCGUUACACAAGGCAAUCUUUAACAAUUCAGUACGUCUUAUGAUGGUUGGUCUCUUAUUGAAAAAUGGUGCCAACGUUAAUUUGGCAACUCAAUUUCAAGAAUCACCACUUCACUAUGCCGUACGUUUAGGUCGUGAGGAUUUAGUGUCUGUACUUUUGAAGGCUGGUGCUGAUGUUGAUUGUGUUGGUACAAAAGAGAGAAAAACUCCUUAUCAAUUGGCCGUUGAAGAGGGUAACAAGGAUAUGACUGCUCGUAUCAAAAAGUAUAAAGAUCUCUUUGAUUGGUUACAAAAACAUGGUUUCGAACAAUACAAAGAUGCUUUUUUAAAGGAAGAAAUGUUUUUAGAUGAAUUGGGUGAAAUGAGUGAAGAUAUUUUAAAUAAAAUGGGUAUUACUUCUACUGGUACAAGAUUAAGAAUUUUAAAAGAAACUUCAAAUUUAGCAAAUGAACAAACAAAAAAACCAAAAACACCAGAACUUAUAAUAGAAGAAGAUCCAACACCACCAGAUACACCAGAUAUUAGUGGACUUAGACAUUCAUUACAUACACUAAGACAUGUUGGUGAAGUAAAUAUUAUUAAUGAUAAUGAGUUGGAGUAUACUGAGAAAUUGGGUGCUGGUAGUUCUGGUAAAGUUUAUAAAGGUUUAUAUAGAGGUAAAGAAGUUGCAAUUAAAGUAUUAAAAUCAAUGACUGAAUCAAAAGAAAUUGAAGAAUUUAAAAAAGAAUUCCAAAUUAUGAGUGCCAUAAGAUCGAAACAUGUUGUACAUUUUUAUGGUGCAGUAUUGGAACCAAAAUUAUGUAUGGUAAUGGAAAAUUGUUCAAGAGGUAGUUUAUAUCAUGUUAUGGAUAAUAAUUCAUUGGAUAUUGGAUGGGAAAGAACAUUUAGAUUUGCAAUUGAAACAGUUAGAGGUAUUGAAUGUUUACAUAAAUGGGAUCCACCAAUCGUUCAUAGAGAUUUAAAGAGUUUAAAUUUAUUGGUAAAUGAUAAAUGGGAAAUAAAGGUUUGUGAUUUUGGUUUAAGUCGUUUCAAUACAGGAUCAAAUUUAGAAACAUUGGUAAAAAUGAGAGGUACCUUUGCUUAUUGUGCUCCAGAAGUUUAUUAUGGUGAACAAUUCUCUGGUAAAUCUGAUGUUUACUCAAUCGCUGUUAUCCUAUGGGAAUUGGUCACAAGAUGUAUAAAUGGUAGAUAUGAAAGACCUUUUUCAGAAUAUAAGAAUUUACAACAUGAUUUCCAAAUUAUUAUUCAAACAGCAAAGAAAAACCUUAGACCAACAAUACCAAAUGCAUGUCCAGAGUCAUUGGUUUCAUUGAUUCAAGAUUGCUGGGAUCCAAAUCUCGAAAAUAGACCAACUUGUACCGAUAUUUUAAGUAGAUUGGUUACCAUUGAAAAUGAAUAUAGAAGCAACAUUCAAACUUGGAAUAAUUUAAUUGUUCCACUUCCAAAGAAUCAAGAAUAA